GAGAGAGAGAGAGAGAGAGAGAGAGAGAGAGAGAGAGAGAGGUUGGGGGUAGACGUGACAUUUGACAAGUUAUUACCUGUGAAUUGUGUUGACUUGAAAAACACCUGACUUCCAAUGAAGGACAGAAGGCAACUUUACAGGAGGACCACCAUGGAGGACCAGGGGGGGAAAGGUCAGGGUAGGAAUACUGGACUGAAAAGACUGCUCACAAUGAGUCCUCCCUGUCUUCCAAAGAAGAUUCUGUCCUGGUUUAAGUUCCUGAUCCUACUGAGUAUGGCGUUAUUGUUCCUGUGUUACGUCCACUCCAUUCCUUCCUCACCUUGGUGGGAGAAUUCUUUACUCCGUCAGCACUACCAAAAGCUGAUAAACCAGAGCUAUCAAGGCAAGCUCCCUCCCCCUUUCCGGGUCGAUCCAAAUAAUCUCGCUAAAGCAGACGAACUUCCUGAGACCACGUCCAGCACAUACUCAACGUUGACAGCACGUACUCUGUACCACCAGGCCUACGCGCCAAACUAUCAAUUCAUCAUGGAUGUCGGUGACGUGUGCAAAACCAAGACGCCCUUUCUGGUGCUCAUGGUUCCCGUGGCGCCCGGAAACAAGGAAGCCCGGCACGCCAUCCGCCUCACUUGGGGCAAAGAGAACUCAGUCCAAGGUGAGACGAUCUUGACUCUCUUCAUGCUGGGCCUGGCUGGAGGUGCGGAACAGCAGCAGAAAGUGCUUCAGGAGAACAAGCUGCACCACGACCUGAUACAGAGCAACUUUGUAGACUCUUACCUCAACUUGACCAUCAAGACAAUGGUUAUCAUGGAGUGGUUGGCCACGCGCUGCCCGACGGCCGCCUACGCCAUGAAGGUGGACUCGGACAUGUUCCUUAACAUCGACAACCUGGUGUUGAUGCUGCAGAAGCCGGGCAUCCCCAAAACUAACUACCUGACUGGGAGGAUUAUGUGGGACAUCCCGGUCAUCCGUGUAAAGAGCUCCAAAUGGUAUGUCCCUGAGGAGAUGUACCCCAAUCCCAAAUACCCCACAUACACUCUGGGAAUGGGUUAUGUAUUUUCAAACGAUCUCCCGCCAAAGAUCGUUGCAAUCUCCAAAACCAUUCGGCCGUUCAACAUCGAGGACGCAUACAUCGGAAUGUGCAUGAAGCAGCUGGGACUGGCGCCUAAACCGCCGCCCGAUGCAUCACAAUUUCAGGCUUAUAACACUGAAUACAAUCGCUGCCAAUACUCCAGGAUCAUUACCUAUAUCCUGCAGUCCCCGCAGGAGCUGAUCAACUACUGGAUGGACCUUAGGAAAAAGCCAGGACCGCCUUGUUGAAGCACCAAGAAGACUGAAGUAAAUAUAAACUGAGCACAACCAAGCACUUCCACACUGACACGGUUUAUCGCAUGUAUAGAAUAUCUGUGACAAUUAUUUCCAACACAACAGGGCAGGAGAUCUGAGUCUUGAGUGUUUUCGUAACUUCAUGCCUCUGUGUCCUGAUACGGAAUACUCUUUCACACUACCACCAUCCCCGCCACUGAUACUAUCUCGGAGGCGAUACGGAAGGGUAAAAAUAACUUAUGGCAGCGUGGGGGACAUUUGUGUACCAGGCUCCUUUUUUAUUGGCUGGCGACAAAACAAACACGUCUCAGAUUAGAAUAUUACGCAGAAAAAAAUCCAAAAUGGCCGAAAUCCCACCAAAAAUGAACCCUGCAUUUUCUAUAUAUGGUCCUUGAUGAUUUCCUGGGCUCUGUGUAAGUGUUGGCUGAUGAUAAUGUACAUGUUAGGGUUGUCCCAAUACCAAUAUUUUGGUACCGAUACCAAAAUGUAUUUUAAUACUUUUCUAAAUAAAGGGGACCACACA